AUGUCUAAAGAACAGUUCCUUGCACUCAGGAAUAAUGUGCACUUUGUUGAUACUAUAAAACCACCUGAAGAGGCUAAAACUAAUAGACUGUGGAAAGUUCAGCCAGUGAUCGACACAGUAAGAAGAAGAUGUCACAGUUUGCCUCGUAGCUUUAACUACUACAGUAUUGAUGAGCAAAUGAUCCAUUUUACUGGGCGUUGCAAACUGAAGCAAUAUAUUAAAGGAAAACCAAGGCCUGUAGGUCUUAAAAACUUUAUCAUGACCUCAGCAUCAAGUAUAGUGUUGGAUCUUGAAAUUUAUCAAGGGGCUACUACACUUCUGGGUGAUAAGUCAUUAGGAUUAGGCCCUUCUGUUAUUUUACGACUAACACAGACUCUCCCACAAGGAAAUUUUGUUUAUUUUGAUAGGUACUUUAGCACAAUUCCUCUCUUAGUAAAGCUUAAGGAGAAGGAAAUUGAGGCUACUGGCACAAUAAUGGUAAACAGAAUUAAGAAUGUUAAUUUGAAAGAGGGAAGAAUGAAAAGAGGAGAGUGCCAUUCAUAUGUUAGAGCAGAUGAAGCUGUAGUAAUUACUGAGUGGCAGGACAGUCAGAGGGUUGUGAUAGCAUCCACUUGUGCUGGAAUUGAGCCAAAAUGUAAAGUUCAAAGGUGGUGUAAGCAGGAGGGCCACUAUCUUGAUGUAGAUUGCCCUUUUGUAAUUGAGCAGUACAAUGCCAAUAUGGGUGGCAUAGACAUUCAUGACCAGCAGGUUGAGUGUUACCGAACGUGGUUCACAACCAGAAAAUGGACAUUCAAGUGCUUGCUGCAUUUCAUAGACCUUUCAGUGGCCAACUGCUGGUUUCUCUACAGAGAGCACUGUAGUGAAAACCAGACUGCCAAAAAGAACAUUAUGGAUCUGUUGAAAUUUAGAAUGUCCCUAGCUGAGGCUCUUCUGUCAUGUCAAGACAGAAAGAGGAGAGCUGAAGAGUUUGAAACACCGUUAGAUGAUACGUUAAGUACCUCCACAAAGGUAAAAGUUUACAAACCCCAUCUGAAACCAGGUUUGGACAAGUGA